GCUGUGCGCUCACUCUCGCUCACACACUGCAGACUCUCGGCGUCGCCGCCGUCACCCGGCCUCAUCCCCUGUCCGRCACAGCGCUCCGCCCUUCUCCCAGGCCCCCGGCGCCCACCCACCCGCCAUGUCCCGGGCCUGGGCCAAAGAGUGGUGCAGCUCAUUGCCCAAACUGGGGUCUGCGCGCCACGGCUGAGCGCCCACUCGCCUUGCGGAGAGAGUCGCGGAGAAACCAGCGGGGGCGGCGGCAGAACUGGGCGAGGGCUGGAGGAGGUGGCAGUCGGAGCUGAACCAGGAGACCCGGAGGCAGAAGCUCUUGGCUCUGAGGCGCGCACUCGCUUGGCCAGGGAUGGGUACUGGCGCAGCCCGGCCCCUGCCCGGCCAGCCGGGCAGMGACUGAAUCGCACAUCCCCAAUAUCCUGUGGACCUCUGACAGAGAGAAACACUGACAGAUCGCCAGUAGCCUUCCGGCGGCGGGACCUCACCUCCUGCCCACCCCGCGCAGCGCCCCCAGCCGCAGCAGCGCUGGGCAAGCCGGCAAGGGAGAGGGGYUGAUUGGCGGCCGCCGGCGGCCAGGGGAGGGAGCGCCGUGCGGGGCCAUGGCAGGCUCCGAGGCGUCCUAGCCCAAGCCGGAGCCGAGCUCACGCUGCUGCUACCGCUGCCUCUCCGCGCCCGGUCCCCGCCGCCGCCGCGCCCCCUGCGGGAGAUGGAACAGCGGAACCGGCUCGGUGCCCUCGGAUACCUGCCGCCUUUGCUGCUGCACGCCCUGCUGCUCUUCGUGGCCAACGCUACAUUCACCGAAGUCCCCAAAGAUGUGACAGUACGGGAGGGAGACGACAUCGAAAUGCCCUGCGCGUUCCGGGCCAGCGGAGCCACAUCGUAUUCGCUGGAAAUUCAGUGGUGGUAUCUCAAAGAGCCUCCCCGGGAGCUGCUACACGAGCUGGCGCUGAGCGUGCCAGGCUCCCGGAGCAAGGUAACAAAUAAGGAUGCAACUAAAAUCAGCACCGUGCGUGUCCAGGGUAAUGACAUCUCGCACCGGCUUCGGCUCUCGGCAGUGCGACUGCAGGAUGAGGGCGUAUACGAGUGCCGCGUGUCAGACUACAGCGACGACGACACGCAGGAGCACAAGGCCCAGGCGCUGCUGCGCGUGCUCUCGCGCUUCGCACCGCCCAACAUGCAGGCUGCUGAGGCCGUGUCCCAUAUCCAGAGCAGCGGCCCACGCCGCCACGGAUCCCCCAGCGCCGCCAACACCAACAACGCGGGCGCCACGGGCCGCACCACUUCUGAACCUGGCCGAGGCGACAAGAGCUCACCACCCGGGAGUCCCCCUGCAGUUCCUGGACCCGGAGUUCCAGAAUCCGCUGCCGCCUCCGCAGCCCACACAGCCACCACUACCGUCGCAUCUGCUGCCGCUGCUUCGUCAGCGUCGCCACCACUGGGCCAGGCUGUCCUUCUGCGCCAGAGGCAUGGUUCCGGAACCGGCCCCAGCUAUGCCACAGACCCGCUCCUGUCCCUGCUCCUGUUAGCCCUGCAUAGGUGCCUGCACUUGCUCCUGGGGCACUGACAGAYGUGGCACCCAGACACCUCAGCAGGCACACACCACCUGCCUGCACCCCUAGGGAGGACCACGUCGCCAGAUGGACACAGAGAGACUGAGAAAAGCAUGAAGAAGUCCACGCAGAAAAUAAAUAAAUCAUAUUUUUGGGAAAGUCACACAAAUGUAGAAUACCCAAAAUAAUGCAUCUAGUUUCCAAAUAAGAUGGAGUUUGGACCAUGCAGUGAGCAUGGGAUCAAUGAUUUCUCUACUUCAACAUAUUUUUCUUUUCUACACCUUCCCUCCAAGUCUUCAUUUUGCACGAACUGUUGAGCAGUUAUCUUUAGGAUAAUAUGUAAAAAUGUUGGGUUAAAGCCUUUCUGACAAAGCAAAAUAUUUUUAGUAGAU